AAACAUGUUAGCCAACCGGCCAAUUAUCACAAAGGAACAACGGACUUCGUCACCUUCUGUCCAAUCACAGCUGUCAUUGUUGGAAGGCCGUUUAUUGACAAGGGGAGAAGGUGACUUCUCUACGAGCAGGGCAAUACCUCGUACAAAUCUUAACAAAUAACCAAAAAUAAGACAAGAGCAACCAUGUCUUCUUUUGGAAGGGCGUUGGGAGUCCUUCGGACAGGAACCCGGUUCCUCAGACGCGGUACACAAAGGAUAACGACCAGAAAGGCCAGCGGAGGGCCGCACAUUGAGCCACAGUACAGGCAAUAUCCCCAGAUAACGAAGAAACAGAAGUUCGAAUCCGAACUCAUCAGCGGUGUCAUGUGGUUCUGGAUCCUUUGGCACUGCUGGCACGACCCUGACGCAGUCCUGGGUCACUUCCCCUGGCCGGAUGCUUCUGCAUGGACAGAUGAGGAGCUUGGAAUCCCAGCAGAUGACGAGGAAUAAGAUCACCAUGAGGGUUCAAGCUGCUGGAUAAGUCUUUGACUUUCAGAAUCUCCUUUAGAUUUUCCACAGUGUUGUACAUAGACUAAUAAAAUUAUCUUUAAAUAUGUUA